AUCCCACAGAUCACCUACCUCCCCCCAUAUACACCCAGACCCAGAUCAUCCUCCCCACAUAUACACCUCCCCCCAUAUACACCCAGAUCCCACAGAUCACCUACCUCCCCCAUAUACACCCAGAUCCCACAGAUCACCUACCUCCCCCUCCCCCAUAUACUACACCCAGAUCCCACAGAUCACCUACCUCCCCCCAUAUACACCCAGAUCCCCCACAGAUCACCUACCUCCCCCAUCUACCUCCCCCAUAUACACCCAGAUCCCACACAGAUCACCUACCUCCCCCAUAUACACCCAGAUCCCAUAUACACCCAGAUCCCACAAAUCACCUCCACCCCUCCCCCAAUAUACACUGGCCUCCACUCAGUGUCCUCCACCCCUCUCUGCCAAUCCCUCCACUGGCCUCCAUUCAGUGUCCUCCACCCCUCUCUGCCAAUCCAUUCCCUUGGCCUCCACUCAGUGUCCUCCACCCCCUCUCUGCCAAUCCCUCCACUGGCCUCCACUCAGUGUCCUCCACCCCUCUCUGCCAAUCCCUCCACUGGCCUCCAUUCAGUGUCCUCCACCCCUCUCUGCCAAUCCCUCCAUUGGCCUCCAUUCAGUGUCCUCCACCCCCCUCUGCCAAUCCCUCCACUGGCCAUCCUCCACUCAGUGUCCUCCACCCCUCUCUGCCAAUCCCUCCACUGGCCUCCAUUCAGUGUCCUCCACCCCUCUCUGCCAAUCCCUCCACUGGCCUCCAUUCAGUGUCCUCCACCCCCCUCUGCCAAAUCCCUCCACUGGCCUCCACAUUCAGUGACCUCCACCCCUCUCUGCCAAUCCCUUCAUUGGCUUCCACUAACC